AUGGGGUGUGUCUCUACUGUUUCUUAUUUUGUCUUGGUCAAUGGAUUUCCCUCUACCCCUUUGGCUGCAAAAAAGGGUUUGAGACAGGGGGAUCCUAUGUCCCCUUUUCUCUUUUCUAUCUGUAUGGAAUACCUUUCAAAGUGUUUAAAGGAGAUGAUUGAGAAUCUUGACUUCAAUUUUCAUCCAAGAUGUUCAAAGUUAGAUUUUCAGAAGUUCUCUUGUGCUUUUGGUUUAGCUGCCAAUUUGGAUAAGAGUGAUGUAUAUUUUGGAGAGAUAAGUGAACAAGUUCAAGAUGAUCUUCAGUCUAUGCUGGGAGUUGCUAAAGGGUUUUUUCCUUUUAGAUACUUGGGUGUGCCCCUGUCUUCUAAAAAGCUUACUAUUUCUCUAUGUAGGCCAUUCAUAGAGAGAGCUUACUGGUCUCAAAUUUUUAUUUUGCGUAAGAAGAUUUUGAGAGAAAUGGAUUCAAGAUUUAGGUUCUUCCUCUGGACUGGUAAAGGUAAUCCUAGUAAGAAAGCCCUGGUCUCUUGGAAGUAUUUGUGUCUACCUAAGACUUGUGGUGACUGGAAUUUGACCUCUCUUGAUGAUUGGAAUAAGGUUGCAGUUACUAAAGUUCUAUUGGACAUUGCUCAUAAGUCUGAUAACUUGUUGGUUAAAUGGGUUCACAUUUACUAUUUCAAGAAUAGAGAUUUUUGGUCUGCUCUUAUACCUAAGAAAUGA